AUGCCGUCCGAAAGAUCUUACUACGAUGUUUUGGGCGUCGAACCCGGAGCAGAUCGCCAGACGAUUCGCAAGGCCUAUUUGCGCCUUUCCCUCCAACACCAUCCUGACAAAAACGUGGACAACGUGGAAGAAGCCAAGGCCAAGUUUAUAGAGAUCGGACAUGCUUAUGAGGUACUGAGCGAUCCAGAGGCUCGGUCAGCCUACGAUCGA